UUUAAAAAAUCUGAGGAUCUUUUUUCUUACACUUUAAAACUCUAAUAUUUUUAACAUACAAUUUAUUUUGCUAACCUUAUAUUAUAUCUACCUGUGGGAAAAAAUUUAACUCUUAAUUGCAACACAGAUUUAGAUAAGUGAACCAGCUUAAUAUUUUCCUUAACACACUCCCAUUAGCACAGCCUAAAUUAUGAAAGCAUGUGUUACAUGAGAACCAAACCUAACAGUUAAUAUACACCUCCUCAAACCUGUGCAGACACUCAGUGAGGUGCAAGCAUACUGUCUUCCUUAUCAGUUUGAGGAAGGGUGAUAAGGAAAGAUGCUUACUCAACGCCUAUCUUAUGAUUCAUUCCAGUAUGAAAAUAAAUUGAGCACUCAGAAAUUUGGAAUGUAUUAUUUUUACUGUAAUUAGAAACCUGUCUGUGUUGGACUGUAGACUAGCAUUUAGCACAGCUAUCCAGCGAGUAGAACUGCUGAUGUAGCAUUCCCUGAAUGUUCUUAGUCAGCAAGUGCUGCCUUCAGGGCUCAUCACUGCCUUGUGUCUAGAGACUACUUCCACUUUUGUUCGUUUCUGGAAUGAAAGUAUCUUAAAUGUGCCUAUAUUGUCCUGACCUGAAGAGCUAAUUGAAGGAAAUCUUUACCUGUUUGUGCUGUUGUGUAUAAUUAUCAUAUAAAAAUGUGGCAUUCUGGAUCAAGUACACCAGUUGCACCAUUAGCUCUUCAAUCUCUUGAUCAUAGUCAACUGUAUCAGAGACGAACCCAUCAAAUGGGAGAUGGAAAUGACCCCAGAACUGAAGAAAUUGACAAUUUAAGUCCUUCAACUGGUGAUUAUGAAGAUCUUAGUGAACAGGAUUGGGCAGAUGCUGAAAAUUCCCUUUCCUCCAUUUCAAUAUCUUCAGGCCAGAUGUCAUAUGCUAAACCCACUCGACCCACUUUUCUAAAGCUAUCCUCAACGAAUACUCCUGCUUUGUUUCCGACCAGAAGUGUUUCAGAGACAUCCUCACCUCUGUACAUGCAUGAAAACAGUAGCAACAGCAGGAUCACAGGAAAUAUGUCGCUGGGGAAUAUGUUUUGUUCCCGCUGCAAUGAUGGUUUUGAACCUCAUGAAAAAAUUGUCAACUCAAAUGGUGAACUAUGGCACACCCAAUGCUUUGUGUGUGCCCAGUGCUUCCGUCCAUUCCCUGACGGAACUUUCUAUGAGUUUGAGGGAAGGAAAUAUUGUGAGCAUGACUUUCAUGUACUGUUUGCCCCAUGUUGUGGAAAGUGUGGUGAAUUUGUGAUUGGACGAGUGAUCAAGGCUAUGAAUGCUAAUUGGCAUCCCCGCUGCUUCCGAUGUGAAUCUUGCAGCAAGGAACUAGCUGACUUGGGUUUCAUUCGGAAUCAGGGGAGAGCAUUGUGCCAUGAGUGCAAUGCCCAGGAGAAGGCUGUAGGCCUUGGGAAGUACAUUUGCCACAAAUGCCAUGGUGUGAUCGAUGAGAAGCCUCUCAGGUUCCGUGGGGAGGUUUACCACCCAUACCAUUUCAAUUGUGCUUCAUGUAAAGUUGAACUAAAUUCAGAUGCAAGGGAAGUGAAAAGCAGACCAGGAUUCACCUCAAAUGAAAUGAAUGAACUGUACUGUCUGCGAUGCCAUGACAAAAUGGGCAUUCCUAUUUGUGGUGCAUGUCGUCGACCUAUUGAAGAGAGAGUUGUGACAGCUCUAGGCAAACAUUGGCAUGUUGAGCACUUUGUUUGUGCCAAGUGUGAGAAGCCAUUUUUGGGGCAUCGCCACUAUGAAAAGAAGGGAUUGGCCUACUGUGAGACUCAUUACCAUCAGUUGUUUGGAAACCUUUGCUUUGUGUGCAAUCAAGUUAUUGCUGGCGAUGUAUUCACUGCUCUCAAUAAGGCAUGGUGUGUGCAUCAUUUUGCCUGCUCAGUUUGCGACCAAAAGAUGAACCAGAAGACGAAGUUCUAUGAAUGUGACUUAAAGCCAGUUUGCAAGAAGUGCUAUGACAAGUAUCCUGCAGAAGUACGCCGCCGGCUGCGCAAAACUCAUGAAGCUACUCCCAAAAAGGCAACUGUUUAACUGACAAGGUAUUGGGUAAAUUUCUGCAUUUUUUAAUGAGAAAUGGUCAUUAUUGACCUAUGCAAACCAGCACAAUUAUGACACAUUUUUUUUCUUUUCUUUGGUGAAGUACUGGUUAGGUGUGGUUGUAUUUGAAUAACCUAGUAACUAGGAAUUGAUGAAUUUAAUUAACAUCGUUGUUGAUUGUUUUGUUUGAUAUAUUUAGACACACUUGACAUACCUGAUUGAAUUCUUGCCUUCUGCUUUAGUUCAGUGUCUCAUUUACACUCUUUUAAUUUAUUCUGAUCAUGAUAAGCUUUUAAUAUAUCUAUCUAGUGCUUUUAUGAUGAAAAGAUAACUGACCAAAUGUAUUUGCCUUAGAUAUUGUAUCUAUUUACAUAUUUCACUUUUUAAAAGCCUAUUUUUUGAAAAACAGUUAUAUAUUCUAACAACUAGUCCAGUUAGCAGUGACUGCAGGACAUGAGCAGGGUUAUUAAUUGCUAGUAUUGCAUCCCUUUUGUUUCACUCUUGUAGUCGGUGGUUAAAUUAUAGUCUUAUUGUCUUAAAAGACUGCCAACUUCUUUUGUUAAGAUUUUAUAAGACACAAUAGCAUAGUAUAUGUCCCAUGUGUUCCAUCCUCAUCAGAGCUUUGUAGCUUAUGUACACUUUACGUGAAGCUUGUGCCCAUGAGUAUUAUUUUAAUAGUCUCAGGUGUAUUUUAACAACUUAUUUAUAUUUUUGAUUUUAGCUAAACACUCCAAAAAAAAGGAAUAAAAAAAGUAAAGCUUAACCACAA